UACGGGUAUCGGUGUGAUUCGAAUCUGUCACCGGCUCCAGCUGUUUGGUCUGUAUUUGCUUUCACAUAGCUUUUCUUGAGUUCAUCGUUUCCCCCCGCUUAUUUCUCUCUCCCGCUGGACCCGGAGUUAGUCUCCUGUCAUAGCUCCCCUUAACCAUCAAAUUAACCUAACGUACUUAGCAUAUUAAAUAAAAAUGGUUGUGAAGCCGCGCAAAACUUCAUCUAAAAACCCUCCGAUUCUCAGCCAUGAAUUCGUGAUUCAGAAUCAUGCCGACAUUGUCUCAUGUGUUGCGAUGGUUUUUGUCGUCGGUCUGAUGUUCCAGACCACUCAGCCACUCGCUUCAAUCUUUAUUGCGAUGCAUCACAAUGCGACACCUGUUGAAGAACUAACAUAUGGACAAGAAAUGACUUACACAACAGGUCUUAAGGAUCUUUGUGCAGUGUUCUUCUACACUCUUAUUGGGGUUGUUGUUCACGCUGUGAUUCAGGAAUACAUUCUAGAUAAAAUCAAGACCAAGUUGCACUUGUCGAAAGUCAAGCAAAGCAAGUUCAACGAGUCUGGCCAACUGUUGAUCUUUUACGUUGUGGCAGUGCUUUGGGGAGGUGAUGUCAUCUUCCGUGAAGGACUCUUAUUCAACGUCUCAGCUCUCUGGAGGGAUUACCCCAACAUUGCCAUGACUUUCAUGUUCAAAUUCUUCUUUAUCGUCCAACUGGCCUACUGGCUUCACUGCUACCCAGAACUCUACUUCCAGAAGGUCAAGAAAGAAGAUAUGCCAGCAAGAAUUACUUAUGCUACCAUUUACUUGGUAACGAUUGCCGCUGCCUACGUGAUGAACUUUACCCGGCUAGCUCUCUGCCUUCUCGUCCUUCAUUAUGGCGCCGAGACAGUCUUCCACGUCGCCCGGCUGCUCCACUUUGCCGAUAAACCUUCCGUCGCCACGAAAGCAUUCUCCGUUUGGAACACGUUGUUUGUUGUCACUCGCCUUGCUUCCAUCAUCCUGUCCGUCUCAACCUUUUGGUUUGGUCUGGCCGACAACGAAUCAAUUAGCUUUGUUGUCCGAGUUUCUGGAUUGGCUGUUGUAGUCUCACUCCAAGUCUACAUGCUCCAACGCUUCUUGACCUUCCAUUUGAGCCGACGCCGUGAAGCUUCUCGAUUGACGGCCACAGCCGAAUCUGAGGCUAAGAAGGCCAAACAAGACAAGAAGGCUAAGAAGGCUCGUGAGGCGGCUAGCAAGAAGAGCACAGAAGAGAAGGAAAUCAGCGAAUUGCCAGAAGUUGACCAAAACACAAACAAGAGCUUGCGCCAACGCGGAGCUGCAAAGUCCAAAUAAAAAUACUGAAAAGAAGAGCUUGAUUGAGAGAAACAAGAAGACAAAACAAACUCAAAAUCUUAAGCGCCACAACAACAGCAACAAACAAAAAAAAAUUGCAAAACGAAA